ACAGCUUCGACUAGGUGUAGAACGCGAUAUUGAGCGUCAAAAACGCAACAAAUUAAGAAAUAAGCAGCAAGAAGCGCAAUUGGCGGAUCCAUUAUUAGAAGCGGCAAAACAGGGGUCAAUUCUUCAAACUACAUAACGUGUUAGGUAACACGGAUCCAAUGAACAUAAUGACUACAGAAGAUCCAACAGACCAAUCAGACCUAAUUUGCGUAGAAGAAAGCCUUAUGAGUUUAGAGAAACUAGAUAGGGCAUCGCCUGAUCUAUGGCCUGAGCAAAUUCCAGGUGUAAAUGAAUUUGUAGCCCAAAAUUCACCUCAAACAGAACCAUCAUCUUGGGCUGCUGGUCUCACACCUGAUGAUAUAAAUCAAUUACAUCAACUGGGAAAUUUAUCAAUGGGUGGUUUAAUAUCUGAAGUAAAAAAGUUACAUGAUAUGGCAUAUCAAUUGGGAUUGGAAGAGGCGAAGGAGAUGACCCGUGGAAAAUAUUUAAACAUUUUCAAGCAUAAAUGACAGAAUUUUGAUCGAAGAAAUUAUAUGUAAGAAAAUGAAUCCAUCUUGUGUAUUUUUGUAUAUUCACGAAGACUGAGGGGAAGUUGGUGAUCAUGCUGCAGUCAGAACCGUACGAUAAAAUGCCUAACUAAAAAUGUUAUAAAUUUAAUUGUAGUUUUAUAAAUGUAUUUCAUUGUAAAUAAUCAAAUGUAAAAUUUCAUGAAGUAUUAAGUAUAUAAAAUUUUACCAAAAAAUA